UAUCCACUGCCAUGAUUCAAUAUACAAAAUAUUAAUAAAUUAAUAGUUAGCUACUGAACUUACUUGUGGGGCAGAGAGAGAAGGAGAAGGAGAAGGGUAAAAGGCAUGGCAAUGGCAAGUGCUACUAUAAGGCAGCAGAGUGUGUGUUUGAACGUAAGGCUGAGAGGAUUGAAUUUCCAUGUUCCUCCUCAGCCUUCUCAGUACUCCAUCAUUCCUAUUUACCACAACACCCACCAUUCUUCAAUGCUUUGCACCCGCCUGCAUCUCACGGUUGUACCUAAAGCUUCGGCCAGAAGCUUAGGCCCCGCUUCUCCUCCCACCGAUGACGAUGGAGUCUCUUUGGGUACCAUGAAGCUUCCUGUCAACAUAGACCUUCAGAGAUUCGAUUCCCUCCUGUUUCAGUGGGCAAACAGCCUUUGCCAGGGAGCCAAUCUCCCACUUCCUAUGCCUCUCAAGGUGGACAAAAUAGCAGGUGGAGCAAGAUUAGGAUUUAUCACUAUUGGAGAUGGGGAAACAGAAGUUCUUGUGUAUAUUGAUUGUUUGGUUUUUAAAGCCACUGAAAAUUCUGCUCCAAUAUUCCGUGCCUCUAGACAUGGACCCUUAAAAGAUAAGGUGCCACCUGGUGAGCCCAGAAUCAUGAGGAGCCUUAUGCAAGCUCUUCAGAAAUCAGUUCAAAUCUCCACAUUGUGAAGUUUUACUUUUUCUUCUUUUUCUCACUUAUAAUGUAUUUGUAAAGUUUUGAGAUGUAAUGUGAAAACUAUUCUAAAAGUCUAAAUUUGAUGUGGAUGGAUAUAUUUACUCCAAGUGUGUAAGUGGGUCAUGACUGCAAAUAUUUUUUUAGAUUAGAAAUUCCUAAUACAACCUUUGUAUUAUGAGCAUAUUCUCUAUGUAACAAGCAAAACUUCGUAUA